GAAUCGCGCAAGGUCCAGUGGAUUGCUAUCCGCUCGCCAUAUUUGUUGUUGUCGUUGAUGGGGGAGGCCGCGACACGGGUGGAAAAGUGCAUUUGUGUUUGCUUUUGUGUGGAGGUAAACGGUUGUCAGUGCAAGUGAUGAAUUAAAAUGUGUCCAUAAAGAUAAGGGCAAUAAUGAGGAACUGAGAGGGUGAAAAUUUCAUCUACUAAAUUUAGUAGAGAGGUAGUUUGGGGUUGGAAGGUGUCGAUUAGAGGCGAGUGACCCAAAGGCUGUGGGUCAAGGUAGGGUUUUAUUACCCCACGGUUUUUUCUUUGUUUGAAAGUGGCGGGCACUGGUAACCUUUCCGGGGGUGACGGGGGUGGCGAUGUCGCGGCCGCGAUGCUGGAUUGGGAAGAUGUCGACCGCUUUAGUUUUGAGGAUUCAGAUCGUUUCGAGGAGGAUUCUUUAUGUAGUUGGAGCUCCGAACCAGAAAGCGUUUGCAACAAUUGGAGAGGGUGGAAGAAGCCCAUUUUGGGAUCGGGAUCGUAUAAUUAUGGGUCUACAAAGAAAUUUACUGAAGAUAAACCACCUGUCCCAUCGUUAACGGAAUUAGCAGCAAAAUGUGUAGCUUCUCAUAUCCCCUUCGAAUUAGUGGAACGCGUAUAUCCUCCCGUUCCAGAACAACUACAGCUAAGAAUUGCCUUUUGGAGCUUUCCUGAUAACGAGGAGGACAUUCGGUUGUAUUCGUGUUUGGCUAAUGGAUCGGCGGAUGAGUUCGGGCGAGGUGAAAGUUUAUAUCGGAAUCAUAGCGUGAAAGAUCCUCUACAAAUUGGUUUUCAUUUAUCCGCCAGCGUACACCAGAUACCUCGUGGCACCCACAAUGUAGCUGUGACCUUCGACCGGCGUCGAAUUUCAUCUUGUAAUUGCACCUGCAAUUCUACCGCUUAUUGGUGCUCACAUGUAGUCGCUGUUUGUCUCACUCGCAUCCAUUGGGUCAGUAACCUUUUACUACAUGAUUUUAUUUUUAGUACUUACUCUAUUUUUUAUGUAAAUUACGUAUCGCUUUUUGUUUACGUUGUAAGCCUACUUUCUUUCGAGAUUGAUUAUGCUUAUUACCAUUUCCAAAAAAAGUCUGUCUGCUUACCUACCUCAUUAAUCAUUGACAACUUUUAACCAUUCCAACUGACU